AAGAAUGAAGCCGCCAAGAUGAAGGCUUCUGUGCAGAUAAGGAGCAAACCUUCUCACACAGCCGUGGUCGUCUCCACUUGCUAUGAACCCCACCACCGCCGCCUCUCACCAUGAUGGUGUCAGUGACCACAUGGAUGACUGGCAUUUCCUCUCCGACGAAUCACCUGAUCCACUGAGCCAAGAGGGCUGCAGCGAGGAUCGGCCGCCAGAGCAAAAAGGCAAACUGAAGUCCAGACUGAUGUCGGUGUGGAACAGUGUCAAAUAUGGCUUCUCCCUGAAGCAGAAAGCAAAAUUCAACAAGAGCUCUCCUGUGAACAUGCUCGGAAAGUGCUAUGAUGUCGGGGAUAUAGGGGACAAAGAGCGAUUCCGUCGCUCCUUUGCGUCUCUGCUGUGGUUAACGUAUAGACGAGGCUUCUCCCCGCUGCCCGGCUCCUCUCUGACCACUGACAGCGGGUGGGGUUGUGUUCUCCGUACAGGACAGAUGCUGCUGGCACGAGGCCUGCUCCUACACCUGAUGCCUCCAGGUUGGACUUGGUCUGUGAGGUACUGCGAGGUCAAAGAUGACAUGGACCUGCUUCGAUCUUCAGACAGCUCAGAGUUUGCAUGGGCUUCGGAUACAAACAAAAGAAUCCGACAUUUAAGCCUAGGUUCCCUCCUGGACAGACCCAUGGAGGCUACACACAGAAGGAUAGUGUCCUGGUUCGCAGACUACCCCAACGCCCCGUUUGGGAUUCACCGUCUCGUGGAGUUGGGUAAAAGCUCAGGGAAGAAGGCCGGGGACUGGUACGGCCCAUCCACAGUGUCACAUAUCCUCCGAAAAGCUGUGGCAGCUUCAGCAGAUCUUCCCAGUCUAGUUGUGUAUAUUGCACAAGAUUGCACUAUCUACCUGCAGGAUGUGAGGAAGUUGUGUGAACGGCCCCACCCUCACUGCUGGAAAUCCAUCAUCAUCCUGGUUCCUGUGCGCCUCGGGGGGCAAGAGCUCAAUCCGUCCUACAUCACUUGUGUCAAAAAUCUUUUAAAGUUGGAGUCCUGCAUCGGAAUUAUCGGAGGCAAACCAAAGCAUUCGUUGUUCUUUAUUGGCUUUCAGGAUGACAAUCUGCUGUACUUGGAUCCUCACUACUGUCAGCCCACAGUGGAUAUAAAAAAGAAGAACUUUCCUUUAGAGUCGUUUCACUGUAAACAUCCCAGGAAGAUGCCGUUCUCUCGCAUGGACCCCAGCUGCACCAUAGGGUUUUAUGCCAAAGGACAAGCAGAGUUUGAGUCUCUUUGUGCAGCUGUUAAUGAGACUGUCUCCAGGUCUGCAGAGAUGUACCCCAUGUUCAUCUUUGCAGAGGGAGAAAGACGUGAGGCGGAGGAGGACUGCGUCUUUUCC